GUGUCAGAACCAGGAACUCAGCCUUCUAGUCAAACUUUCUGAAGUCCUCCAGAAAUCCUAGAAUGAGUACCGAUCUAGAACGCAUGUCUCUGAAUUCUUCCUCUGGAAAUUCGGUCACCUCCGGGUCCGUAUCAGGGGGUCGCAUGCUGUCUGCCAAUGUCCGUAAAUUGCAUAACGCACUAAACCUCCUGUUGAGCGACUUGGAAAGGGAGCAGUUUAUUCACUGUUUGAAUGUGUACCAUUCGCGGAGAAACGUGUAUGAUCUGGUCCAGACCCUCAAAGUUAUACUUAACGCCCCUCACAAGAAGCAGCUGUUGCCAAUGCUGCGUUUGGUGAUCCCACGAUCUGACCAACUCCUUUUCGACCAGUAUACAUCGGAAGGGCUUUACUUGAAAACAGACCUGUUACCAAGCAAUGGGAUUCCUUCACACGAAGGCCCAGGAGAAGCAAGGCAAGUUACACUGAAAAGGAAUAAAAACAACGAAGGUCUAGGAUUCAGUAUACGCGGCGGAUCUGAGCACGGAGUAGGUAUCUACGUGUCUCUGGUAGAGCCAGGAUCGCUAGCAGAAAAAGAAGGACUCCGUGUAGGAGACCAAAUACUGAAAGUCAAUGACAAGGCUCUCGAUAAAGUCACACAUGCGGAAGCUGUCAAGCAGUUAAAAAGUGCCAAAAAUAUACUUCUCAACCUAAUUUCAAGUGGGAGGCUUCCAGGUUUAUUCGUGACCUCUAUACUAUAUAUAUGGAGUUUUGCACAUUUCCCUGUAUCUGCAUUUUUUUUUUCUCCUGUAGGGCUCAGGGUUCCUCCCACAUCUGUAAAACAUGCUGGUUGA